CACCACUACUAUCACUGACCCGUCUAUACCCAACUCCACCUCUACAACUACUAACCUCCCUCUAGAGAGAGAGAGAGAGAGUUAGUCACUGCGACCAGAGAGAGAGAUGUGCAAUACUGCGGUGCUGGCCAAGAUGCGGCAAGUCAACAACAACAAGCCGUCUUGCUUCAGGCGACAGCGCAGCGCCGCUGUGCCUCACCAUCAGGAACACCGGAGAACCAAGCGCGAGCGAGAGGCCCAGCGCACGGCUGGGCGGCCUGCCAAGAGGGUCAGCUUCUCCGCCAACGAGUGCGUGCUCGGCAGGGCGCAAGACUACGACAGGACGAGCUGCGAGGUCCAGACGCCGCUGGUGAGACGUCGAAUUAUUCCUAAGCGACCUGCCCCCGUCGUCAUCAUUCCUAGCGAUGAAGAAGCGAAGCAGCAGCAGGACCAGGAGCCACAUGAACAACAACAUGCGAACUUCUGCGGCAUGUGGAGGCGGAGCCACGGCUUCCACUGGGAGUCGCUCCUGGAGUUCUCUGGCGUGGACAAGGCUGAUGUCGCUGAACAGGCGGCAAGGAUGCAAUCGUCCUCGGUAGUCCACCUCAUCGACCACGACGCGAACAGCUUCCGAUUGGUCGUCCAUAGCGACUCCGGCAACACCCAAGACCAGCACUUCUUCAUCGGGGGCCAGCCCAGGCCGAGUCCAACCAACGCCCCCUCCACGGCCACGCUCUCCAACAUGCGGUGGACCAAGAACGGGCAGGGGUUGGUGCUGACCAGCGUGGACGCGGCAACGGGGGACGAGAUGACCGUGUCUCGGCAUCUCGCGGCCCAGGGCUCGGUUAUCGUGCAGCACUACGCGGCGCGGCGAGCGAAGACCGGCGAGACUGCCGAAGCGGUGACAAUCUUCCGGAGGAUGGUUCGGGCCACCAGCAGCAGCACCAGCGAGCCGCCAAUAAGCCCGCCCUAGGAUAAAGGGAGGUCACCGUGGUUGAUAUGUAGAGUUAGUAUCAUAGCCGUACCUCGAGAUUGUGUGCCUACCCCCCCCGCCAUGCGUCUGUUUCCAUCUGUAUGCAUAUGUAUCCUUGGACACUAUGGCGAUGGAUAGCUUGGGAUAGCUUGAACGGGAGGGUGGCGGGCCUAAAAAAAAUGCGUCGAGUGUCUUGGAGGAUUAUCGGCACGAGUGGAAGUGGAAGCAGCUUUAUUCAUAUGUAGUGCCCUUUAAGGAGUGAUGUGCGACGUAUGUACCUAGGCUGUCAUUUCUAGAUCUUAUUUUGAGAGCGCGAAGUCAACAAGGGGGGGGGAGUAGGAACCAUAUUCCCUCGUUGUCGUGGUGUAUUUGUGAGCAAACGUGUUGCUUGUUUUCGGAACGAGGCAUAGCGAAGACUCGUCACGCCGGUCAAGGACCAAGCAAGAAAAAGAGGCGUGGGCCUGUUUUCCACUAAUAACAUUGUCGAUUGUAGACCUCAAGCGCGUCCGCAUGUUGAAGGCUUGGCAGGAGCAUCUGCUUGGGGCAAAAGCGGGCAUCGUGCCUUUUUUCGAGUUACGUUCGGUUGGUUUGGUACACACAACACCCCCUGCUGUUUUCGUUUUCCUGUUUGGUCCUAAUUAAGCACCGGCCCAAGCGGGGAAACGCGGCGGCACUGCUGUGCUAACUUGUGCUGUUGUUGCGCACACGAAGAAGAGGCUUUUGUCGGAAGUUGUUGCAUUGCUGUGCGGUUGGGGCGAGCGGUUAGUUGGCGUCGCAGGGUUCCCUCCCUUGGGAAGGAUGCAUAUCGCGGCUGACUGGCUCUUUUUGAUGUCUGUUCCAUCGAUGUCGAGGGAGAGAGAAAAUGAGUAGAUUAGUGUGUUUCGUAAAAAGAAAAAACGGUAGUUGAGAUUUUGAACGCGCUGCCGCAUGUGGGUGUUGGGAAGUCGACAAGUCGCUUGAGUGGACGUUUCACGUGCAUGUGUGUCUGGUUUUGUACAUGCUGCGAAGAGUUGGGUAUGUGUUGCUUGGCCUCCUCAAGGCUGGUGCAUGCAAGAAGACCACGACCGCGAUAGUUCAGGAUUAAUUUAACAGAAUCAAAUUGUUGCACCUU